AUGAUCAUAUUACAUUCACCAAAAAAUUGGAUGUUACGUAACACGAAGGUAAUAGAGAAUAUAAUUGAGAAUCAGAGUAAACUCAGUAAAAUAGUUGACGUCAUCAUACAGAGUGAUAAUGAAAAGGACAAUGAUUUAAUUAAAUACGCCCAUCUGGCACAGCAUCUAGUUAUAUUAGGAGAUAACACCGAAGAUAUAUACGAUGAGCUAAAUAGAUUAGAAUAUAGUUUAGCUUUCAUACGUGCAUCGAGCACACCGCAUUCUAUUAUAAGCUUAGAUGAACUUAAGAAUUUAGUAAUAAAACUAAGAUCCUUGUACUUAAGUGAUGAGGUUCUUAACAUAGAUUUUAGGGAUUUUUACGAUAUUAUAAAAUUAGGUUACUUUUACUUAAAUAAGCAAAUAGUUAUAGUGGUUAAGGUUCCGAUUGUCUAUCCAUUAACCUAUGACCUUUAUAAGUUACCUGUCGUUCCUAACAAAUACCAUAAAGUACUUGUCCCCACCUUACCUUAUAUAGCAUUUUCUAGACAAGAUUCUAUGUACAUGGAGACUGAAUGUCCAAAGGUAAACUCAUGGUUCCUCUGUAACACCAAUGCUAACUAUAGAACGAGAAACGAGUCCGACUGUAUCCAACAUCUCAUCGCUACGCAAGAGCUUCACGAGACGUGUAAAAUGACCUCAGUGAUAAGAGCAGCUGCUGAACAAUUAGACGACGAGCAUUACACUCUUAGUUUUCCAACACCUACAAAAGUCCAGUUAUCCUGUGGACAAGUACACUAUCGAACCCUCUCAGGAAGCUUCCUCGCAGUUAUCCCGAUCAAUUGCUACAUGAAAACGCCAUACUUUACACUCCAUCAACUCGAAGAUAUCUCUCCAGCAUCCAGUUUAAAUAGAAAACGUAGAUGA